AUGCGAGGUUUCAAAGUGAGCCAGCUCUUGGCAUUGGGCUUGGUCUCAGCGACCGCAGUUGCUGCGGCCGAUGAUCCAACUUAUGACCCUUCCUCUGAGACAGAGCCAGAUGGUUUUAAUCUCACGCUAGCUAAGACCGACAAAGCGCCCUACAACGUCUCAAGCGCCCUGUCACAAUAUGGUGAUGAGAACACGUACGCCGGAAGCUUCCUUAUUCCGUUUAACAUGACAUCCUGCAAUGGGACGAAAGACACCAAUUGGGCUGCUACCCUGAUCUCUCCCUACUUGUGGGAACUUGCGGGCUACAACGUAUCAUACCCAGCCCCGACACUCGACAUUGUGUUUGACAGCGAGACAGCCCACAUCACAUUGAAUGCUUAUAUCUCGGCAGUGCAAGGUUGUGAAGUCCACAAUUCGAAUCAGGACUUCUGCGACGCGAUGACGAUUAUUGAGGCCAAGGUGACGAUUACAUUCAAGGGAACCAUAGACUCUUAUCAUUCGGAUGAAUUGGAGACUAACAGCUCUACACCUACUUGGCUACGGACGGUCGGCUUCAACAACGGCACUCAGACCAGUGCCAACAACGGCACUCAGACUAGUGGCAACAGCACGAGUGACAGGAAAAAUGACUCGACUGGUCGGCAAUACCCUGCCGUGAUAUCGUUGAUCUCCAGUGUUUUUGCACUCUCUAUUCUCUCAUUGUAUAUUUAA